GAGGAUACAGCCAGCAAAAAAUGAAUUUUCUCUAUGUAUUAGGCCUGACUACAUUGCUUGUAGAGAGAGGUGUUGCACAAAGCUGUUAUGCUGGCACAGAUCCACCUCCUUGCAACACAUGUGGCGGUGUAUGUUCCUUUGGAAAUCCCUGCCAGUGCAGUACUGACCAAAGGGAAUGCAUGGCCACGACUGCUGCUGAUUGUGAUGCAGCAGAUAACACAUGUUGCCUCACAGGAUAUUACUGGUCCUCAGCUCUCAGCUGCUGCACAACCACACCAGCAUGUUACCCUGCAUGUCAGAGCGAUGAAGUGUGCGCCACUGUGAAUAAUACAGCAACCUGUACCUGUAAUAGUGCUUCAUAUACAGGAUUAACUUCUAGUUCCCUCUCUCCAACAGUGAAAUGUAACAGUGGUACAAUGGUUGUCUCGCUGAGUAAGUGCCUUAUGGCAUUCCUUGGAUAUGAUAGCUUACAUCUCAGCAACAAUACUGAUCCCUGCACAAACACAUACACUGAAGUUAUUAAUGGCAAGACAAUGAACAGUAUCCAGGCCUUAACACAGUCCAACUGGUGUGGAAACAUGUUGAUGAUUGAUGCCACCAAAGUAUCUUAUACAAAUAUCCUUGUUAUUGGUUCUUUGAACAUAUACAAAGUCAGCUUUACUUGUUCCUACAAUCUUUCCAUGCAAAUCAACCUGGACUCAGCUUUACAUGCUGUGAUGAGUUCAGUCAACCUUACAGUAAAUGGUCAGGGCUCAGUUACCACCACAAUGACUGCUUACUGGGACCAAGCCUAUUCUAAGCCUAUUCUGUCUAAUGAUGAAGUAACAACUGGCUCAGACAUUUUCCUAGGAGUAACUUCUGGAGCUGCGGAUGGAAACACAUUUGUUCUCAGGGUUGAGACCUGUGCUGCUACUCCUGAUGGUGACCUAAACAAUGUCAACAAAAUUAUGAUUGUGGAAGGAGGAUGUCCAGCCAAUGAAGGAGUUUUUGCAGAAGUACAGGAAAAUGGCCAGUCUCUUGAAGCCAGAAUCAAAAUUAGUUCAUUUGCAUUUCAAGGUCAGCCUUUGGUGUACGUCACGUGCCAGGUCCUACUGUGUGACAAAAGCGGAGUAUGUACUGGGUGUACCCAGAGCCGCCAGGCUAGUAGAAGUGAAGGCACACUAGAGGUUGCACUGAAUUUUCAAGACAAAUACUAUACAGAUAGCUCUGCAUCCCAAUCAGCUAUGUGCUGGUCUGUGCUGGCUGGCUCCCUUCUUGUCCUUCUUAAACUCUACUGAGGAGACCACUGGCAUCAAUUCAGAUAACCAAAGGAAGGUCAUGGGAUUUAGUCAUAAUCAAGACCAUAUUGCUGAGAGACUGGAUAUAAUUUAUUGCUCUUCACACAACUAGGACUGCACAUGUAUCCUGGCAGUGAGAAUACUGGUAAAGACUGCAUCUCAUCAUGAUUUGUCACUUGUAUUGAAACAGAUGGUUUUCCCUUCCUACUCACAGGCCAAGAUUUUUAGAUAAGCCUUGAAGGUCAAACACUCCGCUUCUGAGAUUCAUAGUGACUGCUGUGAUUCAUGUUAGAAUUGCAACAGACUGUAUACCAACAUAAUAUCUUAUUGUAUUAAAUAUAUUUUAAUUAUAAA